AUGACAGAGAUAGAACUAAAUCACUCACGCCAGUCUAACAACACUUCUACUCCCUCAACAAACGCCGGCACAGGCACAGGCAACAGCACUUACACUACGCCUAGAUCCCCUGAAGCACCCGUUUCUUUGGAAGAUUACCACAGCCCAGACUAUCACAACCACCGAGAACUUUGUAAAAAGUGCAAUAAUCUAAUCGUUGAGGGUCACGCAUAUGAGUUGGGUGAAGACAGAUGGCACAUUGAUUGCUUUAAAUGUUCCAAGUGUGACACGUCGCUAGGUUGCAAUUCCAAUUUCCUUGUCUUGGGUAAUGGGAAUCUUAUUUGCUCCAACUGUUCGUACAAUUGUAAGCAAUGCGGAAGAAAGAUUGAUGAUUUGGCAAUUUUGACGGGUGAUCAAGCCUAUUGUUCAAAUUGUUUCAAAUGCCGUUCUUGUAAACGGAAGAUUGAGGAUUUGAAGUAUGCACGUACAUCAAAGGGGUUAUUUUGCAUGGAUUGUCAUGAAAAAUUAAUGGCUAAAAAGAAGAGGUACGAUGCCAAAAAGAGACAAUUGGCGACAUUGCAAGAAAAGAAGAGUCAAUCUCUGUUGAGCGGAGCAGGCGAGGAUUCGAAAACUACUUUAGACGAUUACAAACGAGCAUCAGCCAGCAGCUCCCGAAAUAGUUUAAUCCAAUCCUACAUGACCAAUUCGCAUAAUGGUGACCAAAACAAAAGUCGAUCUAGUAUCUACAAACAAGGAGAAAACAAUUCCCAGCUAUCAAUAAACUCAAGAAACAAGACAUUACCAAAAGCACCGGGAGAACACCAUUCAGCUACAUCAGGUUCAAACCUCGCAUCUGACCUAAUUUCAAACACAAAUAGUCAUAAAGAUGUACCUUCUACAGAGUCAACACAGUCAAGAGCAUCUUCUGGUACUUUGCAUUCCGCUGAAAAGUUACAUGGUCAAGAUGCGACACGUGGUGAAAACAGACCGGGAAAGAGCUUUAAUACACACUCCAGUCCCAACCCACCAUUGCUUCUGCCAGAAAAUGACUUUUCAAUUGAGGAAGUGCAAAAUAGCUCAGAUUCUGAUAUUGAGCCCGAAACCUCUCUGAAGCAAAACAAAGGUGCAUCAUUGAGAUCCAAAACUUCGACUGCUAGAGGUGGUGGCGGUGAUGGCGAUCUAAGCGCUCAUUCACGAUCAAUCCACACUUCACCCGUGCAACUCAAUUCAAAUAACGCAAAAAUCUCUCAACAACAAAAUCUCGACAAGUCAGCUCAACUCGACCUUGCCGAUGGUGUUGCGUCAUCAGAAUACCCAGCAAGAUCAAAACAGCGCAAAUCUUUUAUCCACCACAACAACAACAACGAUAAUGGUAACCAGUUGGAUGCCCCCGCAGACUUGAAGCCGUCAUCUGGUAUUAGCAGUAGAGACCCAACCAAGCAUCUUAGUCCACAAACUGCAUCGCAGGAAGUUGUAGGCGAUGGUAAAAACAAAAACUUGUUGAUCUUGUCUCCAGGACAGUUUCAUGACCAUGAAUUUCACAGUGCCACUAUGGGCUCUCCAAUGAUUGAUUCGCCUGGUACCUUACUCAGUCGAAGCUCAAGCAAUGACAAUAGAUUGAAGGUGCAGAGUUUGGCUUUAGAACAAGAGCAAUACUCGAGAUCACAAUGUCCUUCACCGUAUGCCAAGGCAAAUAGACAAGCAAGAGUAGUGGAGAUGAAUGACGAAAUACAGAUGGAUGCCGUGCCGGUUGAAAAUGAACUUACGGUCGAUCUGAGCCUGGCGUAUGCCACGCCACAACAACUGAGACAUAGAUCAGCAUCCGGUGCUGGCAAUGGAUCUGUGCCCAUUGGUGCAUCCUUGUCUUCGCCACCUCCUAAAAUGCCUGUUCCUGAUACCCCAACAAGGAAUCGGGAGCGCUUGCCGGUGUUGAAAUUUGAUGAGUCUGUUGCCUAUGGUUUAGGCUUGGAGGGGGUGACCUACUCCGAGAAUGACUCGCACAAGAUGGCAGUGAACCAAGAAACAGAACAAAGAGAUUACAUGAGGAAGUUGCGUCAACAACAACAGGAGUACGAACAACACAAGUCCAACCCUCACCCAUCACUGAUGACUCCACAAAAGCCUAAAGAAGAGCCAACUAAAUCACUACGCGGCGAACAAGUGCCACCAGCUGCAUUUUCAAUCAAUCAAUCGCCUCGUAUCAUUGGCAAUGCGACUCCAGUGGUCACCAAUUUGGAAGAUGAAAACGAUGAAAGCCAAGCAGCACCAGGGGAGCUGCCACUGCAACCGCAUAAAAUGUCGCGUACCACGUCACUUAUUCGUAAUUUAAAACACAAACGAUCUACUUCAGGAGGGAAUCAAUCCAAGUUUGGUUUCUUUAAGGCCUCGCCAAGAGAAGAAGUUAAUAAGGGUGGGCAACCGACACAUACUAGACAUAUAUCUGAUAGUUCUAUUGGCAGCAGCACCAUUGCCGGUAUUAAUUCGAUACAUUCACAAUAUUUCACCUCACCGAGUAGAGCGGAUAAUAUGAGCAGCAAUGGGUUCGACAGAGCUAAAGCUCCUUAUAGUCAAACUCAAUCACAUGCAAGACUGACAUCUGAUUCAACCAUGUUUUUCGAAGGUGGUGGCAAUGGUGAUUCCUCAUUUGAUCUCAAAUCUAUGAGAUUAGAGGUGCAGAAAUUGUCAGCUGACAAGUUGAAUUUGGAUAUUGAGAUCAAGAGAUUGAAGCAGGAUAAGUUGAAACUUUGCGAUCAAUUGAAAUCCAUACAACUGAAUUUCACCGAUGAGAGUAUCAAGUAUGAUAAUUUGGUUCAUGAGGUUCAAGAUUUAGAGCUGAGGAAGUUGUACUUGACCCAACUGAAUAAUGAGUUGGCUAAGGAGAAUGAACGUCUCAAGUCGUUGUUACAAAAGCAACAUCAGAUGAAGCAGCAGCAACCAUCGUUGUCCACUAUGCACAAUUUCAGUAGUAGUGAUUCUGAGCCAUUGGGUGAUGAUGUUUCAACAAGUUUCAGCACUGCAUCUACCGUGGGAGGGGGAAGAGAUGGCAAAGGAUUGGCAUAUAAUGACCAACAACAAGCGCAAGCUCAGAAACGACAACAACAGCAACAACAACAACAACAGCAACAACAACAACAGCAGCAGCAGUCUGUCCCACAGCAGCAAUCGUAUAUCCCUGAGGACGAUCAAACGCACAAAGCAACGAGGUUGAAAUUUUGGCGCAGAGCUAAAACCGGAGGUCCACAGGUUGUCUCUACGAAAAAUGACAAUAAUGGCAACUAUGGCAACUAUGGCAACAUCUCCGCCCCAUCAAUGCCCCACAGUGUUUCCACACAAGGUUUACGUAUACCUGGUAUAAACACUGGCAAUAAUGGUUACAACAAUAGCAACGGUGGUGGCAUCAACCAUAGCAACAGUAAUAAUGGCAAUGGACAGGGAACGAGCAGCAAGUUCAGUAGAUCGGCAUCCACCAACAUUCUUGACUCGUUCUUGAACACUGACUACAAUGGUUCCAACUCUAGUGGACUACACUUGACCAAAUCUAAGCUGAGUUCAACAGUAUCAUUAUUCAAUACCACCUUGCAACAGCGGGCCGAGUAUGAAAAGACACCCAUCCCACUAAUUGUGAGUCGUUGUUUAAGUGAAGUUGAGAAGCGGGGUUUGGAAGUUGAAGGAGUAUAUCGUAUUUCCGGGGGGAACUCAGCAAUUGUUGCCAUUGAGAAUGCAUUUAGCAACUUGGGACAGGACCUUGACGAUAGACAAUUGAAUAAAUUGAAUGAGUUAUUGGAUGGCGAUAUCCAUGCCGUGACGUCGGCGUUGAAGCGAUACUUGCGCAAGUUGCCCGACCCAGUGAUACCGAUUACGUUUUAUGAUGAGUUUAUUGGCAUUGCAUCUUCACAACCCCAAAGGGACGCGCGGUUGGAUUUGUUGUGCAAUUUGGUUGCGAGAUUGCCUAGUGCCAAUCGGUCAGUGUUGCAGAUGUUGUGUCUGCAUUUGCACAAGGUGUCGACAUUGCUGGAGGUUAAUCGAAUGGGGAUCAAGAAUUUGAGUGUGGUUUUCGCGCCUACUUUGGCCAGAGACGAGACUGGUGAGCGGGAAAUGAGUGAUAUGGGUCAUCGAAAUGACAUGACUGAGUUGUUGUUGAGCGAGUAUAGUAAAGUAUUUAGACAGUUUUAA